AGAAUCCUAAAAGUGGUCUGCAAAGAUGAUGACCGAGCAACCAGAACUUUCCAAAUUACCUGAUUUAUCAAAAUUAAGCCACAAACAGCGGAAAGCGUACCUAAAGAAAGUAAAGAGAAAGACCAAACGUCAAGAACAGGCAAAGAAAAGGGAUUCUGCAAUAGGGCCUGAGGAAGAGGAAGAUGAGGUUGUUCUGACACAAAGACAGAUAUAUGAAGAAGAAUAUAAGAGGAAAAGAGAGCAGGAACUCGGGGAGUAUGACCAUCAGCAAUGGUUGGAGAGGGAGAGACUUGCCCAGCUCGCCUUCAAGGCAAGGAAGGAAUGGGAAGAAAAGGAGAAGAUCAGAUUAAAGGAACAGGAGCAAAAGAUCCGUGAAGAAUGGGAAGAGAGGGAAAAGCGAGAGAAGGAGGAAGAAGAAAAAAGGAAGAAAGCUGAGGAAGAGAGAAAGAACAAGCAGGACAAGCUACUCAAGGAAGCAACUGCCCAUGAGAACAAGGACGAUGGUACGUGGCACAACCCACUUGCACCUGUCAGAUACGGGACGGAACGAGCUGUUGAGAAGUGUCCAUUCUUCAUGAAGACGGGAGCGUGUCGAUUUGCUGAGAGGUGUUCCCGAGCCCAUGAGCACCCAGAAUCCAGUGCUACCAUCCUCUUCCCAGGAAUGUACGCCCACUUCAGCUUGGAGAAUGCGCUCAGAGAUGAAUACGACACUGAUAUCGACCUGGAAUAUGAAGAUCAGGAUACGUACCACCAUUUUGAGGAAUUCUACAAUGACGUCCUACCAGAGUUUAAGAAAAUCGGCAAAGUCAUUCAGUUCAAAGUUUGUCGAAACUAUGAACCACAUCUGAGAGGAAAUGUUUUUGUACAGUUUGAGAAUGAGGCAGACGCUGUGACAGCCUACCAGUCUUUCAACGCUCGCUGGUAUGGCGGCAGACAACUUCAGUGCGAGUUCUGUUCCGUCACUAACUGGAAGUCAGCCAUUUGUGGUCUCUAUGAAAGGAAGCGAUGUCCCAAAGGUAAAGGCUGCAACUUCCUGCACGUGUUCCAGAACCCAAAUCGGGAAUUCUUCGAAGCAGAUCGUGGGUUCAACGUUCAGUCGGAGAGAUCGCAGAACUUCUCACAACGUGGUGGAAGUUAUAGUCGUGGGCGUUAUUCACGUAGUCGAUCUCGGUCACGUGAUAGGGAUUACUCAAGGUCACGUGAUAGGGAUUACUCAAGGUCACGUGAUACUAGGGAUUACUCAAGAUCACGUGAUACUAGGGAUUAUUCAAGAUCACGUGAUACCAGAGAUUUUUCAAAGUCACGUGAUACUAGGGAUUAUUCUAGGUCACGUGAGACCAGAGAUUAUUCACGAUCACGUGAUAUGGACUCGAUUUCACGUGAGCGAUAUGAUAGAGGAUCUUCUGUAAGGAGUGAGAGACAGCGUUCACGAUCUAGGGAAAGAUACAGCUCUCGGUCGAGUAGAUAUAGGUCAAAGUCUAGGGACAGAGAGAGGGAAAUGUCUAGAGAUAGACAUAGGUCAAGGACAGAGGACAGGCAUGAGUCAAGAUCUAGAGACAGACAACCUUCAGAAGCAAGGUCAACAAGAGAUGACCUUAGGUCAGAUUCAAAGCGUAAGGACAGUUCAGUUAGUUGUGCUAGGAAUGAGUCAAAUAAUGAUUACUGGUCCUCGAGUAAAAAUGAUUUUGAGCAUGAUUCUGUUUAUGGAAUUGACACUGAUAGAAAUGGCAAGAGUGACAAACUUGGGGCCAACUCUGAACAGGAUAGUGACAGCUCUAUAGAAUCCUCUGUUACACAUAGUAGUGACUUUUCCAAGAGACAUAAGAAACAUAAAAAGCAUAAAAAACACAAGAAACUGCACAGCAAGGAACGAGUAUGAGAAAACUGUGUGGAAUGUGAGUUCUGGAACUCAUCAUAUUACAGGCUGAUGCCCUAUUUGGUAAUGGAUCGAAUUAAACCGGCCUUAUUCAGUGUGGCAGUGUCUUUCAGACUCAAUCUCUACUCUCCACUUGUUACUUUUCAAACAAUAAGGUAUUGGUAGGAUAUGUUCUACUUGACCCAUACUUGCAAUCCUAAGGCCUCUUCUGCCUUUGAGCCCAGGAUAGUACAUAGAAGUAUUAGGUGUGCCUUACAUAACAGAUUAAUACUAACUAUGUAACUAUAGAUAUGUACACAGUGGAGUACCAGUACCAGGCUGUCAGCAUAAACCUAUGAGUUAGAGGCUAUCACCCAUGAAAACAAUUACAAGGGGUUGCUUGCCUAGAACAGUCUAUCAUUGCAUUUAUACACAUUGUUGUCAAAUUGAUUGUUUAUGCAAAAUUAAAUGUUUUAGGAGACAAAUUGUGUUUAUUUUUUGUUUGU